AUGAAGAGGCAACAAAUGGAUUUUUGCUGAGCAACACAUGCCAUUUUUCGUCAACAUUUUCGCCCGACACGUCAAUCCGUGGACUAUGUUCAAAAGUGGUAUUCCAGGGAGAUAAACAUUUUCGAUUUUAUUUCGUGCCAAUUUCAAGAUACCGAAAGUGCAGGUGAGACUCUUGCAAGAGGUUUGUAAUUUAUCAGUGCGGCUGACUUGUAUACGAACUAAGAACAAUGCAAGAGAUGUUGACGGCCAAAUUAGAAUCUCAAAUCUGUGCCUGACGCUGACAGAAAGCGGUUAAAUCCGCCUGUUGCACCCUCAUAACAACGGAUGUGAAAACUCCUGGAGACAGUAUUGAUGUCAUAUUUGGAUAGCUAGACAGCUAGACAGCUACGCCUACAUCUCCUUUAGUGCUAAAACACACUAGCCAUUGGUUACUAAAUUAAGAAUCACUGAUUAUUCAAACCUGGUUCAAUAUUGCGUUAUUUAGCCCUAGCGGUGGCGCGGCUAUUGGCGCGCCUCAAUAACAGGUGGUUUUUCUUUUCAAGGCCAGAUCAAUGCUUUUGGUCCACGUAUUGUAAGGUGAAAUGAAACCUCAACAAUGAGACGAGAAAGAAGAAUAAGAUAAAGCAGACAUUCAACCGCGUCUGUGGAAUCAGUAACAUUUCUGGCGAUACUUUUCAAAAACACACUUUCCCUGGGCAACCUACCCAACUAAAUCUAUGAUUAGCUCGGUGUGUGUUUCGUCUUACCGAGGACGCAAGUCAGGAAACAAACCUCUGUCUAAAACAUGUCUGAAGGAAGAUAUGUCCAGAGGGGAAGACAUGGACAAAAUCAUCAUAAACGUAGGUGGCACGCGUCAUGAAACCUACAAGAGCACCCUAAGGACCUUGCCUGGCACCCGCCUGGCAUGGCUGGCGGACCCGGACCCCCAGGCCAAUUCAGAUGGGGCUGACACGGGGGCCAGGCACUCAACAAACGAGUUCUUCUUUGACCGGCACCCGGGCAUAUUUUCCUACGUGUUAAAUUACUACAGAACUGGCAAGCUGCAUUGUCCAGCAGAUGUCUGCGGCCCUUUGUUCGAAGAGGAGUUGGCAUUUUGGGGUAUUGACGAGACGGACGUGGAACCUUGCUGCUGGAUGACAUAUCGGCAGCAUAGGGAUGCUGAGGAGGCUCUGGAGAUUUUUGAGCCCCCCGAGCCGGAGGACAACGAAGACGACAGAGAACUGGCCAGGCGCUUUGGCAUCGAGGACUGCCCGGAUCGAUCCAGAGGAUGCUGUGAGAUCUGGCAGCCCAGAAUAUGGGCACUCUUCGAUGACCCUUACUCCUCCAGGGCCGCAAGGGUGGUGGCGUUCGUGUCUCUGUUCUUCAUCCUGCUCUCCAUCACCACCUUCUGCCUGGAGACGCACGAGGCCUUCAACAUCCUCCAGUACCGCUACCGGAACGUCACCGAGGGCAACGUGACGCGGGAGGAGCCCACGCCCGAGAUGGUGACCUCGCCCAAGCUGAUGAGGGUGGAGGGCGUCUGCGUGGUCUGGUUCACCUUCGAGUUCCUGGUCCGCAUCGCCUGCUGCCCCAACAAGCUGUUCUUCGUCAAGAACAUGCUGAACAUCAUUGACUUUGUGGCCAUCCUGCCCUUCUACCUGGAGAUAGGCCUGAGCGGCCUCAGCUCCUCCAAGGCCGCCUCCGACCUGCUCGGCUUCCUGCGCGUGGUGCGCUUCGUCCGCAUCCUGCGCAUCUUCAAGCUGACGCGCCACUUCGUGGGCCUGCGCGUGCUGGGCCACACGCUGCGCGCCAGCAUCAACGAGUUCUGCCUGCUCAUCAUCUUCCUGGCGCUGGGCGUGCUCAUCUUCGCCACCAUGAUCUACUACGCCGAGCGCAUCGGCGCCCACCCGGGCGACCCGCGCGGCACCAACCACACCUACUUCACCAACAUCCCCAUCAGCUUCUGGUGGGCCGUGGUCACCAUGACGACGCUGGGCUACGGCGACAUGUACCCCAAGACGUGGCUGGGCAUGAUGGUGGGCGCGCUGUGCGCCCUGGCCGGCGUGCUGACCAUCGCCAUGCCCGUGCCCGUCAUCGUCAACAACUUCGGCAUGUACUACUCGCUGGCCAUGGCCAAGCAGAAGCUGCCCAAGAGGAGGAAGAAGCACAACCCCAACCCCGACGCGCCCGCCACCGACUCGGCCUCGUUCGGGAAGUCGGAGUGCAACUCGCCACCGGACAGCACGCAGAGCGACACGUUCCCAUUGGCCGCGGAGGAGACCAGUGUCAGGAGCCGAUCAGGUACAGACUCCAAGCAGAAUGGUGACGCCAACGUGGCGCUGUCGGAGGAGGAAGGCUGCAGCCUGACCCAGCCCCUGUCCCCCAGCGAGAGAUGGUCCCUGCGCCGCACGCGCACCCACAGCCGCAACGACGGCAACAAGCCCAAGAAGGAGGCCGCCUGCUUCCUCCUCACCUCCGGGGAGUUCACCUCCUGCGCCACCGACACUGCCGGACGCACGGGGGCCACGCGCAAGGGCGAGAGCAACGUGUAAAGGACCCGGACCCGGAUCAAAGAUCGACACCAACCAGGAUAACAGGAAAUUACAUCACAUCUGCUCCCUGUAAACCUCACUGCCAGCCAUCUGCUUUACCACUGGUAGAGCCGAUAAGGCUCCAUCAUCCACAAUCCAUCGUACUGUCAUCGUUCUGUGCUGAGUAUGAAUCACUGUUUAUACG